AUGGGGAAGCUCCAGAAGAUUGGGAGAGUAUGGGAUUGUCUGUUUCUUCCAACAAAUCAGUGUUCAUGUUUUUGUCUAAACACUCUAGAAAACGAUGAAGAAGAAGAGGAGUUUGCGAAGAAGCCACUGAUAGAUUCUUCAACAGAGAAAUCUGGAAAGAUCAUGAGAUUAAAAGAUGUUGUAUCUGCUGAGCAUCGUCAGACUCUUGCCUUUCAUCUUAAGCCUAAGGUAGUGGAGCUAAAGGUGUCUAUGCAUUGCUACGGAUGUGCGAAGAAAGUCGAGAAGCAUAUUUCUAAAUUAGACGGAGUGACAUGGUACAAAGUGGAGCUUGAAAGCAAGAAGGUAGUGGUGAAAGGGAACAUAAUGCCUGUAGAUGUGUUAGAGAGUAUUUGUAAGGUCAAGAAUGCUCAGCUUUGGCCUUCUUCUUGA